AUGCUACUAGAUUUCUUGCAGAGUUCUUUACAGUUAGCUUCUCUUGCAGUACAACUCCUUCUGAGCAAACCCACAAUAUUUAACAUAAUAAUCUACGGCCAGUUUAUAAUUUGUAUGCUGUUAAGACUAACUGUCUAUUAUUGGUACGCUAACGAAAUCAUGGUGGAGAGCAUUGAAAUUUCUUCAGCUGUUUACGAAUGCGAAUGGUAUAACGAACCACACCAAGUGAAGCAACUGAUGUCUUUAGUAAUACUAAGAGCGAAUAGACCACUUGGAUUGGAUAUAGGCCCUUUUUCCACCAUGACUUUGAAUACAUUUUUAGGCAUAAUAAAAACUACCUACUCCUACAUGACGAUGAUGAUAGUGUAUAGAUAA